AUGUCCGGUCUUGAAAUCGUCGCAGCAGUGUCUGCUGUUGUUUCCGCGUUCCACGGUGGAUCAGAGCUCCUCAAGCUUGUCAAGCAGAAACGCCGCGCCCGUAAAGCCCGCGAUCAAGGUCAGCAAGAAUGGGAAGAGGAGCAGCUACAAGCUUCUCUUAUCGCUGGGGAAAAACAGAUCGAUCAGAGAUAUAAGCAAGAUCAGAGAGAGUUGGGUGACUAUGUGCGCAUUGGUGAUGAUACCGCACGGGAACGUCUCUACCAUAUAGGCUUCAUGCUGCAGGCCGAAAUAAUCAACAGCUUACGGCAAGCCGCUACGAACGAAGUUUGCAUGCUUAAUCUGCAUGUCCUCCACGAAGCCUCCAUUACGAACCGAAACGAGACUCUGACGACAUUGGACGAGCUGAAACAAAGAAUCUACAUAGCAAAGCCGAUGGUGCGACCGUUGAGGGCGGUCGCUAUCCGACCGCAAGCUUUCCAUCGCAGAACGGCUUCGGUUAUACUGGACACAGUCUGCCCGACCAUUGCCGGCCCCAAGACACGUCGAAAGCAUCUCGACCGGCCUAUACCCCUGCUCAAGCUGCGGAGCCUGUCAUUCUAG